UCUGGAAACAGCGGUUCCUGUGAGAUCGUUCACGGAAAUAUUUGGAAGGAUUAUGAAAAUUCCGAGGAUACGUUAUUCAACCUCAAUUAGCCGGCUGUGAUUUAUAGUGUGCCAUAUAAUAGUGUGGUUGUUAUUAAUUUCCCCUUUCCGUUUUGCGACGGCUGUGACUUGACAAGUGUUUUAAUUGCGCAUGGAGGACACUUGCCUUGGAAUUAAAACUUAAACGUGGAUCAAUAAUGUAAACCUGCUAUGUAUAAAGUGUGUUUGGUAUUUAACGUAUAGUAAAGACAAACUAAAAUGCGUUACUUUAAAUUUAUGCGUGCCGAUAGGUUAGUGUGUGAUUGACUAAGGCUCUGUUUUUAAUGCAAUCUGAGCUUGAUGUUAUGUUUGAAAAUACACAGACGUGUUACAUUUAAUGCCUGAAAGUGAAAUCUUAUUCAUGUAGACAGCUAAAAACAUGAACAUUUUUGGCACUUUGAAAGUAUCAGAGACGAUACUGUUGUUCAUGACAAAUACUUCUGGCAUCCUAUGUAACUUUAUAGUCACAUUUUAAAUCUUUCCUAUCGCUAUGGCCAAUCUACAGACUGAGAUAGACACGCCCAGUUAUGACGUAAGCAGUACACGUUAUGAUGAAGACAGCAGGUCACGCUAUGAUGACGUAGACGUAGAGAGUAUUCUUGCGCGUUGUGAACGUCGACGCCCACCUCUGUUCUCGAGAAAACGGUGUAUCUACCAAGCCCCCGAGUUCAUCCAACGGUUACCAGCAACGGAAACAGUGGAUGAAGGAAGCACUGUUACAUUUGGAUGUAAAGUCGUGGGAUUUCCCGAUCCAACAAUAACCUGGUACAAAGACGAUGACGUCAUCGGCCGUGAGUCACGUGCCAUGCUUGAUUCUGGGGACAAUGGCAUCCAUUCCAUUAAGCUUUCGGACAUUUCAAAAUGUGAUGCAGGAGCAUACAAAUUGUGUGCUUCGAAUCGUGAAGGUUCGUCAACAAGUAGCCUGUAUAUUACAGUGAAAGCAAAAUCCAAACUCAGGAAUAAGAAGAGGAACAAGAAAGGUCGGUCGGUGGCAAGCGCGCCACUUUUCCCCGCCAUCAUUGAAUACGAGGCUGAUGAAGUGAGGGAAGCCCGUGCAACGGAUCUACAGCCGGAAUCCCCUCUUACUCCAAUUUAUUGUACGAUUUCGAGGAAAUCCCCCAUAAUGUGGCCCGAAUUUUUGGGGAACUGGGCCUACAAUUGCGAUGAAGAUGUUAAAAGAGGCGAGAUAGAAUCGCUGGAGAUGGGCAAUGAGGAUGUGUUCUACGUGGAAGGGGAGAUCGUUCCUCCUCCAAUAUUUGUGAGCUCCGCCUUUGCCAUGCUUAACUCCCAUGUUCAGUUUCACCCUGGUAGUAAGAAUGAGCAUUUACAUCACACCGAUGCCGUAGAUGAGUUACCGGACAUGACAACAUCUAGCCAUGAACAAAAACGUACCACUAAUUAUAGUCCAGAUGGCCGGGUUCGAACUCGAAGUUUUUACAAAGGUGAUAAGGAAAAGUUUGAUAGAGAAGUUCAUUGUAUGCAACCAAAUAAACAAACACCCGGUGCAACUCACAACGGUAUUGGUACGAAUUCAAGGUGUGAAGUAAUUAACAACAAUAGUCCGAAUACCUCAAAGGGGAAACCAAAAGACACUAAAUAUUCUGUUAAUGCUGUUGUUAUUGAUCACACUUCGGAAGAUGGCAAAACCAUACAUUCUAAUGUAACUAACAACAAUUCAAUCUAUGAUAAUAAUCCAGAAAAUGUUUCGGAAAUAGCAGUGAAUAGAUCAUACGCCAGAGGUAACUCCACAUUUAGUGUAGCCAAGAGGAGCCCGUCCCCAUUCUCGACACGGCGCAAGGGUCCGGUUGUACUCAAGCCAGCUGGAGCAGGGCUGAAAGAGAGCCUGGAUCCCAACUCUCCUGCAUUACAAAAUAAAAACAAUGAAAUAAUACUCAAUAAACUGAACAAGCAAAACUCUUGGCCAAAAAAGACAUGGGACUGUGUUGUGAAACAUGGCAAGAUAACGGAAGUUGAUGACCUUCUCCUCGAUAUGAUGCUGCUUGUUUGUGCAACGACAGCUGGGGCCUUACUCCUAGAUAUCUCGCCAUCUUCACACGUCGCUAAUGUUAUGUUUGUAAUGCUCGCAAAAUUGGCUUUUGUUCACAUCUUAAGAGACAUUUAACUUAUUUCGUAUUUUGUGAAUUUAUCAUUUAGUGAUAUCUUAUACAGAAUUGUUCAGGGCGAAUAUUAAGCAUAGGAUUCUAUUAAAUGUAUAUUUGAAAAUUAAUAUAUUAACUUGUUAAUGCCAACAUAAGAAAAAUCAUUCAUUAUAAGGGGCCGACGAAGGAAUGCCCUCAGUCUGUUUUAUUUCAGGAGAAGACUUUAAGUUAAGAAUGUUCUUUAUCUCUUUAAAAGGAAAUUCCUUAAUUUGGGUAAACGCUGUACUCAAUUUUUAACUGUAAUACCUUUGUCGGGUAAUAUGAUCGUACCCGUGAAUUAUUUCACCUUUUCCAAAGGUCAGACACCAUUAAAUAAAUUUCCUAUACAU